UCCAUAAAAAUAACCAUGCUAAUAGUGUGUAGACGUAUGAAGUAGUAGACUAAAACAAGGCAUUAUUACAGAUACAGCCCUAUAGAACACGACGCAAGUACCUGCAACUCUCUCUCUCUCUCUCUUGCCUAGUUCUCGUGAAAAAGCCAGAAGGAUCUGGAACAAAAAACAACCCAGCAACUUCUUACCCUGUGGCUCAAAAGCUGUCAUCCACUUGAGUGAAAGGCUGCAAAACACAAGUUCUAGUGACUAUUUGAUACUGUCCUACGCACGGCAAAACUGCAUCGCACCUAGUUAUCGUGAAAACAUCAGAAGACCCAGGCAAAAACAAACCAGGUGGCCAUCUCCAUUCCUAGUUUCUCUCUUGGUCCAGCAGCCCUCUUGGUCCAGCAGCCGUGUACUGCAGCACACAACCAAACAAAACCCACAUUAUCUUCAAAAAGGAAACAAACGACAGAUAAAAUGGUUCGUGCAACCGAGACGGUUCUACACACUAUGAAACAGCUGUUAUGCGCAAAUUGUAGAACAUAUAAAAUAUGUAUGGGACAACCCUGUACGUAUAAUCUUGCAAAUUUUCGGUGCCAUUUUUGUCGAACGGGCGAUGAAGGUUUGAAUCAUUUUAAAAAAUACACAGCACGGGGUAAUAAACGUUCCACAACGUCAGCUAAAAAACCUCCAAUGCUUUAGCAUACACAACUAUCUCUCUCUCUCUCUCUCUAUCUCUCUAUCUUUCUAUCUCUCUAUCUCUCUUCUCUUCUCUAAGGGGUUUCGCAUAUAUCACAGUUUCUGAGUUUUGUUAAAAACUAUAGGCCUUUGUUGUUUCAGAUGUGUCGGUCUGCCAUGAAAAUGCUCCACCAUACGAAAGUGUUAUUGUGCAGAACUUGUGGCAAAUAUAAAGUAUGUGUAAGUCAACCCUGUACAAAUAAUCUUGCAAAUUUUCGGUGCCAUGUAAGACCUGUGUUCUUCUUUUUCUUUGACUCUCUCACUUCUUCUUCCGUGACUCUAGCACUUCUUCUUCUUCUUCUACCUCCACGUCAUCUUUCUUCUUCUUCUACUUCCACGUCAUCUUCUUCUUCUUCUUUGACUCUCUCACUUAUGUCACGUCUUUUCGAGUCAAACGGCACGUCCUACGUCAAAUGUCACGUCAAUCAGGUCACGUCCUCACGUCCUACGUCAAAUGGCACGUCAGAUGUUGGUAAUAUGUUGUGUGUGUUUCGAAAAAGCAGUCAAAAGGUUUUUAGCAUUUAGAAGCAUAUCUCUCACAAAUUCAACCUAACAAUACAGACACUGAUAAAGGUUCGUUGUGUUUUUGUUUCCUGUGCUCUCUUCUGGGCUGUUUUUUGUAAGAAGGUUUUUUUAAUUUUAGUAAAAAUGACCCCUUCAUAUCUGGAAUAUCCUUUAAUCAUCCAGCGUUUGAAGUCUUUUGAUGAGUGGAUACCAACCCAUCCUAUAAAACCAAUAGUACUAGCUGUUGCUGGUUUUUAUUAUACUGGUAAAAAUGAUAAAGUCUUGUGUGCUAUCUGCGGGGUAGUUGUCAAUAAUUGGUCUGUGGGUGACAUACCUUUAUAUAAACAUAAAGAGUGUUGCCUGUUUCUGGUUGCCUAUAAAAAAGCACAAAAACUACUAGCAGUCGAUGAACGCCUAAAAACGUUUCCCCCCCGUUACAAAACAGCUAAAAAGCUUGCAUCCUGUGGUUUUUACUACACAAAAGAAGAAGGGCUACGUUAUAUAACUAAUAAGGAUAUCACUACAUACAGUGCUAGAUUAGAUACAUUCCUACAGCAACCCGGACCAUCUAAACCUCUACGACUUGCCAAUAUUAAAAGAGCUGCAGAGUUUGGUUAUAUACAAGCAUAUGUAGGCUCGGAUAGUCGUGUGAUAAAAACAGAUAUUUGUUUAAUCAUAGAUGUUACUGUAAAAGAAGACAUUGCUGUGAAUAACGAGGAUAUUCAAAAUGGACGUCUUAUUUGUAAAAUUUGCUUCAAUAACGAAAUUAAUACAGUGUCGUUGCCCUGUGGCCAUGCGGCGAAGUGCUUAGACUGUUCUGCUUUAGUUCAAGAGACUUGUUGUAUAUGUAGAGCACCUAUUGCUUUCACAACAAGACUUUAUAUUUAAUGUUAUACGAACGUUGGCGUGGUUGCUUUCAGAUAUUGACACCUGUGCUGUAUACUGUCAUAACAACCAGAACCCACACCCCCACACCAAUCAGAUAUUUUCUUUUUUUUAUUAAAACAUUUUUAAGUCGAAUCUAUUAGAAAAUCAAUACAAGAACCUAUUGUUUUUCUAGUAACAUGGCCUGUACUAUAUAACGCUUUUGAAUCAUCGACAUGUAAGAAUGUAUGAUGCGUAUUUACAUACUUACUCAUUCACUACAAAAACCGCACACAAUGGCACAGAGGACUUGAUCAAUACUUUAAAUAGUUGUUUAGAAGCUGUAAAACUAAAAUCAAACUAUGUAAGAGGUGAUAAAAUUAGAAUUACUAGUAACCCUCACUUUAAUCAACCACUUUCCACAAACACGUCUACUAAUACUACGUUUGUUACUUACAAGUACUGAAAUUACCUAGAGGCAAUGGUCGUAACCGUAUCUUAAAUUUGUCGAGAAACGUUCCAAUAAUAUUCUGCUUUUAUCACCUAGCCUAUUUAUUUAUCGUUUUUUUUUUGUUCUUGUAGAUAAUGACCGGAAGGCCUGCUCGUGUGUGUGUGGAUUGUUGUUGUACAAACCAGUCGUCUGUGUCUGGAGACGAAUGUUGGGAUGACGAGUGGUAUGAAUCACCCCUGCCACAUAUCAAACGACGAUACAUGUAUCUACACCUGACGAGCUGUGGGGUUGAUUCAGACCACUCGUCGCCGACCCAACCCUCGUCUACAGACACUGACAACAUGUUUGUACACCAACAGUUGAGUGUCUCAGUAGACGAGUGUUGGGACAAUGAAGUAUAUGAGUCUCCAUUAUCUCAUAUUAAAACAGCAGCAUCAUUUAAAAAUAUUAUUAGGGAGCAACCACCGAAAAUGUCGAAAACGCAAAAAACAAAAUUUCGACAGGCGGAACGUGAGCGUCACCGACUAUUGUUUUUUAAAUGAUGCUCUUGUUUAUGUGUGGGUAACAGUUAGGCUAAGUUAUUUUUCUUGUUUUGCUGUUUUAGUUUUACCCUUAUUCUCUAGUUUUUAGGUUUUUUCGUGUUAGGUUAGUUUUUGUGUUAAGUUUUGUUGUUAAAGUUAGGCUGGUUUUUGUGUUAAGUUUUGUUGUUAAAGUUAGGUUAGUUUUGUGUUAAAAGUUAGUCUAUAGUUUGGCUUUUUAUUUUUGUCUUUGUAGUUUUUAGGUGUUAGGUUUUAUUUUCUAGUUUUUUAGGGUUUUUCAUGUUAAGUUGCUGUGUUAUAAGAAUAUACUUUUUUCCUCAUU